AUUGUGAAUCAAAUGAAAAUGAAAAUGAUAAACUAAAAAUAUUAGAACAAAUUCAUAACUUUGAAGGUGCUGUUUUUGAAGUUAUAAGACUAUCUGAAUUAAAUAAAACUUUAAAAGAAAU